CGUUUAAAAUGGCCGAAGGAAUUGUGCUUGUGUGGAAAGAUGUGGUUGUCAUAGCGAGCUAUAUGAAUUGAUUAAAUAAAUAUUCUUGCUUUUAUGUGAACAUGAUUUUAACACUGUUAGUUUUUGUUAAUCUGAAGUAGGGAACAUGGUUACAAAACGGAAGUGUGUAGUGUUUUUUAAUAAAAUUUACAAUUUGUUCGAACAACGCAAGCUAUUUGAAAUUUGAUCGUUUUGUUGUAUCGCCGGGUAGCUGUAAACAGCUCAUAUGUGUAUUUUAUAAAAUGCAUUUAAUAUAGCAUAAUGUUGCAAGUUUCACCAUUUUCUCAACCACCUCCUCAAAUAGGCUUGGGCCUUCCAAAUCUUUCGGUUCCACCACCGCAUCAUUUUCCAAAUCGUUUCCACAAUGAUCGGGGCGGACACAGGGGGCAUUUCUUUCAGCCGUUCAGGCCGUACCCCCGGCCGGGCCCCGGAGGCGCGGCGACUGAUGCCGAGUUCGAUGGCAAAAGAUUGCGAAAAUCUGUUAUGCGAAAAACUGUUGACUACAACUCGUCUGUUAUCAAAAUGUUGGAGGGGCGCGUGUGGCAGCGCGACCACCGCGACAGGCGCGCGCUGCAGCCGGACGUGCUCUACUACCCCGACCUGCAGCCCCCGCACAGCUACGCGGACAACCCCAUCAACGCGGUGACGACGCGCUUCGUCAAGACGGCCACCAACAAGAUGCGCUGCCCCAUCUUCUGCAUGGCGUGGACGCCCGAGGGCCGGCGCCUGGUGACGGGGGCCUCCAGCGGGGAGUUCACGCUCUGGAACGGCCUCACCUUCAACUUCGAGACCAUCCUGCAGGCACACGACAGUCCCGUGCGCACCAUGGUGUGGUCCCACAACGACGUGUGGAUGGUGACGGGCGACCACGCCGGCUACGUCAAGUACUGGCAGAGCAACAUGAACAACGUGAAGAUGUUCCAGGCCCACAAGGAGGCGCUGCGCGGGCUCAGCUUCAGCUCGACGGACCACAAGUUCGUGACGUGCUCCGACGACGGGACGCUGCGCAUCUGGGACUUCAUGCGCUGCCACGAGGAGAGGAUCCUCCGAGGGCACGGCGCGGACGUCAAGUGCGUGGACUGGCACCCGCAGAAGGGCCUCAUCGUGUCGGGCAGCAAGGACAACCAGCAGCCCGUCAAGCUGUGGGACCCCAAGACAGGACAGUCCCUCGCCACCCUGCACGCGCACAAGAGCACGGUGAUGGACAUCAAGUGGAACCGGAACGGCAACUGGCUAGUCACGGCCUCGCGUGACCACCUGCUGAAGUUGUUCGACGUGCGCAACCUGUCGCAGGAGGUACAGACGUUCCGAGGCCACAAGAAGGAGGCGAGCAGUGUGUCGUGGCACCCCUGCCACGAGGGGCUGUUCGCCAGCGGCGGCUCUGAUGGUGCAAUCCUCUUCUGGCACGUGGGGGCAGACAAGGAGGUGGGCGGCAUCGAGCAGGCCCACGACAGCAUCGUGUGGACGCUGGCCUGGCACCCCAUGGGCCACAUCCUCUGCUCCGGCUCCAACGACCACAGCAGCAAGUUCUGGACGCGCAACCGCCCGGGCGACUCCAUGACGGACAAGUACAACCUCAACACCACGCCCGCUGGCCUGCCGGGCAUCGACGAGCUGGACAUGGACGAGCCGGCGGUGAUCCCCGGCAUGGGGCCCGAGGACAAGGUGGACGUGGAGGCGGGGCCCGAGGUCGCCUCCAUCCCGGGGCUGGACAUGGCCGAGGCCCAGGACGACAAGACCAAGGCGUCUCAGAAGAAGGUGCCGUACUCGAAGCCCAUCCCUCGCAACUUCCAGGCGCAGUGGAACGAGACGGGCCACUCCAUGAUCGACGAGUCACGAGACGACGACGAGGCAGGCCGCAAGGACUCCCUGUCAGAGGCCAUCUCCCAGCUGAUGGAGACGAACCCCCCGCCCGGAGUGGUGCCCGUGGCGGAGCUGCAGCCCCAGGCCAUCAUCAUCUACGGCAAGCUGCUGCAAGUCGAGGGCAACCCGCUGCUGCAGAAGGCGAUCGCGGGCGGGGCAGAGGCCCUCAGCAAGCUGAUCCACUCGGGCCAGCUGGAGGAGCUGACGGACGUGCUGCCCCAGGACGAGCUGCGCUCCGAGGGCGACGAGCCGGGCCAGGGCCCCACCAGGGAGGACCUGGACAUGAGGGGCCCUCCCCCGCUCUACCCGCCGCCCCUGCCCGACCAGGACAUGCGCUUCGCCCCGGGCGACGUGGACUUGCGCCGCCUGCCCCUGGACGAGGACUUGCGGGGCCCGCCCCCGGGACACGCCCACUUCUUCGCGGACGAGGACAUGCGGGUGCCGGGCAGCGAUGUGGACCUGAGGCGUGGCCCCGUGGCGCUGGGGCCCGUGCACCUGGACUCGCCUCCGCCUCGCAGGGACUCGCCGGCCCACGGGGACGCCGGCGACGCUCCGGGCGGGGCGAGGAAGGUGUUGCUGACCACGCCCCAGUUCAGGCCCGGGGCCCCCGAGCAGCCGCCCUGGAUGGGCAGCCCCCACGAGGCCGGCCCGGAGUACGACCACUCCGCCGCACGAGGUCGCGGCACCUUCCCCCACCGAGACUUUGGCAGAGGGGGCCGCGGUUCGGGCGUCAUGAACAUGAGGCCACCGUUCGGCCCGGACGUGCCCGGCCCCUUCGGCCGUGGGAGGGGAAUGGGCCCCCCGCCACCCUUCGCCCCGAACGCCAACUUCCAGGGCGCUCGCUUCCCGCCGGGGGAUGUGAACGCCCCGGGAGGCAUGUUCCAGGAGGAGAACAUGCACGCAGAUGGCUACGGCCAGUUCGCGAGCAGGACGGGCGACGCUGACGAGCGUGAGGUAGGCAACGUGUACGGAGACAACUUCGGGCCCGGGCGGCCCGUGGAAGGCACACCCGAGGGUAUGGAGUACGGCCCGGGAGAGAACGUGCCGCCCGCCGGGACGGGGUUCGGGCCUCCCAGACAGCAGAUGGGUGAAAUGCGCGGUGCCUACGGUCGUGGCGGCAGGGUGCACAUGGUGGGAGCUCCGCGGGGACACGGUGGCUUCUACCCUCCCGGGAGGCACGGCGCGGGGGAGGGCGACGGAGGCAACUCGGCAGGCCCCGACCGGCAGCCGGACCCUGGCUUCGACGCCAGGUUCGGACGCGGGGGCAUGAUGUCCGCGGACCGCGCGAGGGGGCGAGGCGGCUUCCACCAGCCCGCGAGGCAGCGGCCGGGCGACGGCGAGGAGAACCACAGGACGGACAGCACGCAGGACCUCAGGUUCGGCCCCGCCGGGAGAGCGGGAGGCGGCAUGCGCGGCCGAGGGGCGUACCAUGCGCCCUUCAGGCACGGCCGAGCGGAGGAGGAGCUGGCGUUCUCGGAGCCGGACGACGACGACAUGGAGGAGGACCCGCUGGAGCUCGCGCAGCGCAUCGACAAGGACCUGCGCGACGACGAGGACGGCGAGCGCGCGGAGUACGGCUCAGAGGGGAGGCAGUUCGCGCAGCAGCGGCGCGGCUACGACGAGGGCGGCGAGAGCGACGGCGAGGGUGGCAAGGGGGAGGGCUGGGCGGCCCCGCCCAUCAGGCGCGUGGGUCAGGAGGACUGGGCUCCGGCGCGCGGGAGCCGUGGCGUGCAGAGGGGGUUCCGUCGGCCGCGCGGGGCUGCUCGCGGCAGGUUCAGAGGCGGGCGGCCACGCCGCGCGGGCGCCCCGAGCUUCUGAUGUCGUCCACGGUCCAUGGAAUAUAACUUUAAAUUGUAUGAGUGUGCAAACAGACUGCAGUCAUUUCUGUGUACUUGACUUUCUCAGUUUUUAUCACAGUAAUAGUGGCAAAACUACGCAUUGGAGGUAUGCUACAAGAACUGAUGCAUUUUCUUGAAGUAAUCUAAAAACAUGGAUAUUUAAUGUUUGGUCGUACUGUGUGGUGGGUGUUGUCGGUUUUGAUGUGAUGUCAUGCAAAAUUAUAAACAACACAUUUCCUUUGGGUUUCUGGCUUCCAUAAUAAUAAAAGGUGUUUAAUUAUUAUUUAAUAAAAAUAUUAUGAUUGAA